GGGUUCAAGCGCUAUUCUUCACGGCAGCGUGGCCGCAACCUGUCGGGACAUAACACUUGAUGCUCAAUAUUCGAUGUUUGUUAGUCCAUACGAUCUUAUGCUAUACAUAUAUAGCAAUGUCAUUUCAUGUGCAAUGGGCUUUAUGUUCACUGGGAACGACAGAUAUGUGUUUUGUUACCUUCUUCCCGCUUUCAGUUACAGACGUCAAUAAAAAACGCGUGCGUACACUUGUAGUAUACUAGUGCACACACAUAAUUGCAUAUGUUUCGUUAUAAUGAAAACGUUACGAUAUAUUGAAAAGAAAAAAAAUCAUAAGGAUUAUAUAGUUCAUUGAUUUCCACAAGCUAUUUUUUUAUCGUUUAUCAGCUUAACCUAAAUCCGAGUGAAUAAUCCUAUUUUUAUGUAUACUGUAAAAAUACAUUUUAAAUGUAUCAAUACUGCAUAUUGUAAUUGUGCGUCAAGUAAAGUACAUUAAUUAGGUAUACGCAUUUGUAGCAAUGGCAACACCUAUAUGUGAAGAUGGUGGUCCAUUGAGAGAAUGGGCACCGCUUUCUAUGCUCUUACAACAAAUACCUGCCAAGAUACAAACUGGAAUUUUUAUGCAAGAUGUCAGUUUUACUUGCAUUGCUGCACUUCCUGAGUUUAUUGCUAUUGGGACUAAUCGUGGACUUGUCUACUGGUAUAAUAGAGAAAAGCAGGAUUUACAAAGGCUUCGUUGUGAGACAAUACAUUUCUUUUUCUCAAAGAAUGCAUAUUCCAAGAUCACAUGUGUGCAAGUAAUAUCUACUGUUGAUUAUAUGGUUGCUGCUGGUAAUGAGAAUGGAGUAAUUACAGUUUUUCAAAUUCCCAAAAGUCCACCAGAUACAUUACCAGAUAGUUUAAAACCAAAACAAAAAAAGCAGGUGGAAAGGUAUAGCAUAAAUGGUUUGCAUAAAAAUGCAGUGACAGCAGUUGAGUGGUCUAAAAAUGGUAUGAAAUUAUUUAGUGGAGAUGAGAAUGGUCUAGUAGUUUUAACAGAGAUUGAUUUUUAUAUGCAUUUAUCUAAGUCAUCACAGUUAUUAAAUGAAAAAUAUUCAGUGGUACAGUUGAGUUACCAACAAGGUUUAUUAUUGGUUUCAACUACAUUACGUACAAUUUUGGUAAAUAGAAAUGAAAAUGGAAAAGUAAUACAAGUUGGCCAAAAAGAACGUAAAACAUUAGGUAAAUUAGGUGCAGUAUUUGGUUCUCGACAGAAUUAUGUGCAAGAACCAAUUAUCUAUGCUAGUAGACCAGGCUUGCGCUUAUGGCAAGCUGAUAAAGUUGGAACUGUAUUGAAAACACUCAUAUUCAAGGACGCAGUCAGAUCCAGUCAUACAGAAGUAGAGUUAUUAAAUCCCGCGCCAGUAGGAUCGAGGAAAAAUCGUAGUGAACCUUCUUUUGGCAUUGUAUUACCAUUUUGUGAUGAUUUAUUAAUAACAUACAGUGAUGAUGUAAUUUAUGUAGUAAAUCCAUAUACUAUCGCGAUAACAUCAGUUGUAACUGAUUUAAGGCGCGUUACCGAUGUAACUUGUACUAAAGACGAAAUAUUUAUAUUGGAAGGAGAAAGAAAUAUUUUGCGUAUAGCUCAUUAUCCGGAAGAUAAUAAUUUUACAUCAGGAGAAACAAACACGUUGGAUCCUUUAUCAUUUGCAGAAUAUAGUAAACCUGUCACUGGUUUAUUAGAAUUAACUUCAAAAUUAAAGGAGAGUACUGUAGUACCAGCUAUUCCCUUUCAUAAAAUUGAUUCAACCAAUAUUAUUCAAACUGUAGGCAUUGCACCAGUUACUAUUAAUGCUGACGAUAAUACAGUUGUUAGCGCGGAAGAAGCUGUGGAAAUACCACCAAUAGUUCCAUUAGAUUUAAAUAUUCCUCUUAUAACGCAUAUUAAUACAAUAUUGGAACAUAAAGAUAGAAGAAAAAGUGUAAAAGAUGAAAAGAGCAAUGAUCGUCGAGAAUUAUUCCGAAAAAUCGGUCAACAGGAAUUUGAAGACGUUGUUUUCACACCUAAGAGAAAACAGAGAAAGUCCCAUAAUAAAACGGUAAACGAAAACGGCCAUGUCAUAUCGCCAUCCACUACAGAAUAUUCGUCGAGUAACCUAAGUAUUGAUAACACAAAUGCCAACGAAGCAAUGAUGACGACCCACUCCUCGUUAUUAUCGUUGAGUAUAGAUGAUAACUGUGUACUAAAAUCAGAUCGUGAUCUGGAAAGAAUCCAACGAGAUGUAGAAAAUAAGGAAAAGCUAUUAGCUAAUAUUCUCGAUUUUGAUUCAGUCUUAUCGAAAUAUAUGAAAAACAGUCAAAUAGAAAAUGACGAUUCAAAUAUGUCCAAUCGUAUGGAUACUAUAACGUAUAUUAAUUGCAAUGUACAUCCUAACGAUGUAGAGGACGAAGAGCAGAGUGCAAAUGAAAAAAAAGAACAAAGUGAUCAUACAGAAACUGAGUCAGGAGAGGAAGAUGUCAGCUAUCAUACCGAAUUAAAGAGAUUGGAAGAUCUAGGAGAAUGUAGAAAAACGCUUUUACAAAGUAAGUUGGACGAUACCCCACCAGCUGGUAAUAGUUUCAUUGACUUUAGACAAGUACAAUCGCUAGAUCAUCAUGAAUUAGAAGUUCAAUUUAAUGCUUUGGCAAAGGAAUCUGCCACAUCUGCUGCUCUUGAAGAAGAAGAAGGAGAUUGGGUCUUAGUUAAGGACGAUAUACCAACAUUUCAUAAUAUUUUAAUAUAGAAUUGUAUGCAGAAGUUAUCUUAUUUCUUGUAUAUUGCAAUCAACAUAUUAGUAGAAAACAAUAGUUUGAUAGUUAUGUGAUACACAACAAUGAUUUUGUUAAAUUUUUAUUUAUUUUUUAGUUAUUAUGAAUUGACGAUAUUAUAAAUUAUGGUCAAAAUAGAUGUUUUGUUUAAAACCAAUAUAUUUGUAACAAGUAAUAUUGAUGUUAUGAACGUAAAAUGAAUUACAAGAUAAUAUACAUUUAUUCUUUACCAAGAAAGAGAAAGUAAAUAGAGUUACUUUCUAGUAGAUAAAAUUUUACUCUACAUAUAAUUAAUGAUAUUGGAAGAUAAUACUAGUCAUUCUCUCAAUUUUAGUAUAAUUAAUAUUAAACAGUUUAUAAUUGACGAGUAUAAACGCACAUACAUUGAAAAUGUUUUGUAAAUUAUUAUUAUAUUAAUCAAAUAUAAAUACUAUACAAGUAGUAUUUUGUUGAAAUAUAAUACAUCUAUACAGUCACAUUUUGUUAUGCUUUUUGAAAAUUUAUGUGUAAAAUGCAAUCCUCAGUAUUAUACUAUAUUUGACAAAUUUAAUAUAAUUAAGUAAUAUUUUUACAGAGAUAUUCUAUAUUUAUUAAGCAUAUUCCUAGAAAGGUUAUCUGCAUUUAUAUAAUUACAAAAUGAUAGGUUUGCUUUUUUAACUGUACUUAUUUUCUUUCUUACAUUUAGUGUAAAUUUAUUUACUAUUUACUUUAAGAAUGUAUAAAGAUAAUGCAAUUAAACAAAACUUUAACAUUAUCUUGUAAAUUAUUGCAUGUUGACAUUCUGAAUGUGAAUUCUGCCACAUUUGGCGAUACAUCCUUGUGUUACAAAUUUAUAAGUUCUAGUAUAAAAUCAAUAGUUCCAUCUUA